AUGGAGAGGUUCUGGGAGAACUCGAUUUUCAAGUAUUUGCGAUGUGAGCCCGAGGACCAUAGAUUCUUGCUCACCGAGCCGCCAUUGAAUCCUCCAGAGAAUAGAGAAAACACCGCCGAGAUCAUGUUUGAAACAUUCAAUUGUGCUGGUUUAUAUAUUGCAGUUCAGGCAGUUUUGGCUCUAGCAGCUUCGUGGACUUCUGGUAAGGUCAAGGAACAAUCUUUGACUGGUACUGUCAUUGAUAGUGGUGACGGUGUUACUCAUGUUAUUCCCGUAGCAGAGGGUUAUGUUAUCGGUUCAGCUAUUAAGAAUAUCCCCAUUGCAGGUAGAGAUAUUACUUACUUUAUUCAGAGUAUCCUGCGUGACCGAAACGAGCCAGACACAAGCUUAAAGACGGCAGAGACUAUUAAAGAGAACCUCUGUUACGUAUGCCCCAACAUUGUCAAUGAGUUCAAGCGAUACGAUAAGGAACCUAAUGAUAGGUUUAAGGAGUUUAUUGUGAACCAAGGUUUGGGAAGAUCGGUUAAAGUCGAUGUUGGUUAUGAACAAUUUUUGGCCCCAGAGAUCUUUUUUAACCCGGAGAUUGCUUCUUCCGACUACCUGACUCCUUUACCUACUGUGGUAGACUCAGUUGUCCAAUCGUCUCCUAUUGACGUUCGUAAAGGCCUUUACAAGAACAUUGUCCUGUCUGGUGGUUCUACCAUGUUUAAGGAUUUUGGCCGUCGUUUACAGCGUGACAUCAAAUCACUUGUCGACACGCGAAUCAAGAGAUCCGAAGUCAGAAGUGGUGGCGCCAAGUCAUCGGGACUUGAAGUGCAAGUUAUUUCGCACAAACGUCAAAGAAAUGCUGUUUGGUAUGGCGGAAGUUUGCUUGCCCAAACUGCUGAGUUCAAGAACUACUGUUAUACGAAGCGUGACUACGAUGAGUACGGACCUGGAAUUGUACGCCAGUUCUCACUCUUCAACGUUGCUAACUAA